UCAUAAUUCCUAAAUCCUAAUCGUUCUGAGUCUCUCCUCUCUGGACCUUCUCCGCGACUCGGCUUCGUCCUCACGCCCUCCGUCUUCCCCGAUUCCACCCUCGGCGAGUCGGCGAGCUCCGGUCAGGCGGUCUGCGGUCACUCCCUCACGCCUCCGGCUUCUGCUUGACUGCUUCUCCGUCACGCACUGACUCCGUAGUCUGUCCUCCGACGCCAACGCCUUCCGGCCUUCGCUCCUCACUCCUCAGCCUCGCCGGACGCGGACGCCCACUCAACCAGUCAGGGUUUUGCAUCCUCUAACACACUCUCUCUCUCUCACGCGCGCUCGACAAUGACGAAGCUUAGGAAGCUGAAUCGCCCAACGGGCCAUCGACUUUCCAUGCUCAGGACGAUGGUUUCGCAGUUGGUGAAGCAUGAGCGUAUAGAGACCACAGUCGCUAAAGCCAAGGAAGUUCGUAGGCUUGCUGAUAAUAUGGUGCAGCUUGGGAAAGAGGGAACUCUAUGUGCUGCAAGGCGUGCUGCUGGCUUUGUGCGUGGGGAUGAUGUUCUUCACAAACUAUUUACAGAACUGGCCUAUAGAUACAAAGAGAGAGCUGGUGGAUACACUAGGUUGUUAAGAACAAGAAUACGUGUUGGUGAUGCUGCACCUAUGGCCUAUAUUGAGUUCAUUGAUAGGGAAAAUGAACUUAGACAAUCAAAACCACCCACUCCACAGCUACCACAAAGACCAGCCAUGGAUCCCUGGACAAAGUCUCGGCUCAGUAGGCAGUUUGCACCCCCUAAAGAAGAGAAAAGCACCGACUCUGAGAAUUGAAAUAAGAUAUACCCAUUGAAUUUAAUGGAGAUUUUGUCCAAUCUGCUACUUGUUAUCUUUAAUGAGCCAGCCUCUACAUAACGGUUGUCAACAGCGGGAUAGAAUAACGCCAAAUGAUGAAAUAUCCAGGCUUUACAACAUUUAUAGAAAAGCUGUGUUUGAGGUUUUCAAGUGGUGAGUUUGUGUGUGAAUUUGUCUGGACUCUUUGCAAUGACAUAAGAUUCCCAUUUCCCUUUGGCUUAUGUUUUCCUUUCCCUUCCUUGUGUAAUAAAAAAAUGAAAAAUUUAGAGAAAUUCCAUGGAUAAAAAGAGGUAUGAUGGUGGUUGCUAA